AUGGAGAAGACCAAAAAAGAAUACUGGACGAUCCUAGUAAUUGUUCUGACAUAUAUCCUAGCUGUUUACUGUUGUCUGGUCGAACUUCUUCUUGAUUUGUUCUGUGAUUCCAGUGCAUCCGAGAAAUUUCGUCGAUGGAAGGAGAAGACUCAUUCUUCAGGUGCUGAAGGAAGUUCCCAGAAGUAUGCUCUAAUCACUGGAGCUGAUGGAACCAUUGGAGUUUAUGUACGUCACUUUUUUGUUGUUCUUAAUUUUAGACCGUCAUUGAUGAAAUGAUAUUCGACAUUGCUCUUUACAGGUGACGGAGUAUCUGGUAAGUUUGGGAUAUGAGGUUAUUGUUCUGGGACUGAGAAAGCCCACAAUUCCCUCGUUGAAAGACAACAGCCAGCUUUGUUUUAUCCAAUGUGAUCUUCUCCAUGACGAAUCUCUGAAUAAAGCGAUCGCAGUACUCCAAUCAAAGAAUCUUUCCAAAAUCGACUUGGUCGCUUUUGUCGCCGGAACGAUGCUUCAUGCUCCACUUGACGUUAGGUUAAUUUAAAUUUUACUUUGCUUCUUAGACCAAAGAUUCAAUUGAUCCGCAUUAUGCGAUCAAUCUUCUGGCGCAUGCAAAGAUCAUGGAGAAGGCUCGGUCUUUGUUGGAAAAGUCGGAAAGUCCCGGAGCUGUGUUUGUUUCUUCAUCAACGAGCCGGCUGGGAGACGUUUCGGAUAUUGUUGUAGAUAAUGGUAUGUUUUACUAGAUGGAAAAUAAUAAACCAAGUUUUUAUGAUCCAGUCUAAGUUGGGUAUCCUUUCAGACCAUGCCUUCCGCGACUACAUCAAUGGUUACAAGUCUUAUGCCGACUCCAAAUUGGCUGUGAAUCUUUACUGCAAAGCUUUCUCCCGAGAAUUACAAAACGAGAACUCGAAGGUCAAGUUGAUUAGUGUUCAUCCAGGAGUCGUCCCAGGAGGUCUCUACCGAUCUGUGUUUCCGCCAAUUAAAAUGUUCAUCAACAAAUUCUUGCCAUUUAUUUUGAGGUAAUCUUAUAUUAUACAUGAUAAAACUUCCAUCUAGAACUCCGCAAAGGGCUGCCGCCGAAAUCUUGGAAGCCAUAUACAACGACAAGUUCAAUUCCGGAGAUUACGUGGAAUACAAUCGAUCUGCUGGGUUCAUGAACUACUCUGACAGUCAAUUGGCCAGUUUGAUGAAGAAUAUUAGAAGAGAAAUCGGUUGA